AUGGAACAGAAUGGUCAGCAUCCCAAAAACAAGGCCAUGAUGUUAAAACGCGGCGUUUCUCUCUCUGAGGUCUGAGCAGCCACGAAUGAAUUAUCAUGGGACCUGCGAAUUGAUAUCUGCGAAUAUCACUGCUCGAUCUUCUUGUCGUUGAUUGUCAUUGACACACAAUUAAACACAAUGAGAAUGACACUGUCUCUCUGUGUUUGAUCUCUUCUCUUCUCUUCUCUUCUCUUCUGCAUUCAUUCAUUCAUUCAUCCUGGCGGUGAUGGAGGACCCUCAGUUCCCGAACGACCAUCCACCAUUCGAACAUCCCAAACACUCCGACAACACCACCGAGUUGGGCGCUCUCGAUUGCAACCUCGCUUCCCUCUGCGAGCAUGUCCAAAUUGAAGGUUUCAAUUCCGGUUCUUUCUCCGAUAUCGUCGUCAAUGCAAUGGGCUCCUCUUAUCACCUCCAUCGUCUCAUCCUCUCCCGCAGUUCGUAUUUCAGGAAUAUGCUUCAUGGACCUUGGAAAGAAGCCAGUGCUCCUGUUCUGACUCUGCAUGUGGAUGAUAAGAACGUUAAUGAUGAGGCAAUUGCAAUGGCUUUGGCAUAUCUAUAUGGGCACCACCCUAAACUUAAUGAUAAUAAUGCAUUUCGUGUUCUUGCUGCUGCUUCUUUUCUUGACCUUCAGGAUUUAUGUGCAAUAUGUACAGAUUUUAUCAUAUCUGAGCUGUGGACUUCUAAUUUCUUGGCUUAUCAGGUGUUUGCGGAGAACCAAGAUUAUGGUAUUCAUGGGGAGCGUGUUAGAACUGCUUGUUGGGGCUUCCUUUGUCAAAGUGGUUGCAUGGAAUUGAAAAUGGUUCUUCCUAAACUUUCAUCUCAAACAUUACAUGCAUUACUGAGCUCUAAUGAUCUAUGGAUACCCAAUGAAGAGAAGCGGUUUCAAUUGGCUUUGCACGCAUUCCUGGCAAAAAGUGCUAACUGCAAGGUCGAACAUCCUGCACAUGGAAUCUCUGGUUCUGAGUCUGAAACUGGUAUUCAUUCUGAUUCUGACAACUCCAAGGGAAAAAGUGUAACUGACACCGGCACUAGUAAGAGACUGGAAACUGACAUGGGGAAAAUGAGUCUUGAAAGUGAUAUAAAGGACCCUAGCCCUUCUAAUCUUCUAGUUGAGAUUGCAGACUUCAACAAUAGGGUUUCUGAUUCCAAUCAACAGGUUCAACAAGCUUCAUAUGUCAGUUCAUCAAACCUGAAUCCGGGGUAUCCUUGUGACAUUGAAGGGCCUACGUUGGGUAAUUCUUUGUCUGAUACAGAUGGGAUGAGAACAUCAUGUUAUGUUGAGGUGCCUCUUGGUACUGAAGCAACUGGUUUGGGAACCACUGGAGUGGGUAUUGAAGGGCCAUCUGGGGAAGGACCUUGCUGCCAUUUGGAUAAUAGUAAUUGGUCAGUUAGAGAUCAGUCAAGACAUUGCUUUGCAUCGAGUUCUUGUAAUGGGGUCACAUCUAGUGAUUGGGGAAGAUACAAUAUUGUUGGCAGAGGACAGCUUAAAGCUUAUCCCAGAGGAGACUAUAGAGAUCAUGGAAAUGAAUACAAUGUAUUUCUUAGUACAUUCGAAGGAGAUUCCCUUUUAUAUUGCAAUAUGUCUUUUGAUGCACUUCUAAAUGUCAGAAAGCAUCUUGAAGAGUUAGGGUUCCCUUGCAAAGCUGUAAAUGAUGGUCUGUGGCUGCAGAUGCUUCUUAGUCAGAGGGUACAAGAAAUUGCGGCUGAUACAUGCAAAGUUUGCUCCCUUUUGAAUAGUGCUUGCACUUGCAUGAAGCAGUUUGCAUUUUCACAUGGAUCUACUACAUCCGGAUCUUACAUGCAAGAACAUAAUCAGAACAAUAUGCCUGGGAAUGUAGGAAAUAUAUAUGUCGCCGAAGCUUCUACAGGCGAAAGAAAUGCCCCUUCUAGACAUGUACGAGUACAUGUUAGAGGCGCUAUUGACGGUCUUGCAGGCCUUGGCCGUGGAACUACAUUUGUUCCUGCAUCUGCUUCAGCUCCUACAAGAUUUGUCUUUUCUCGUGUACCGUUUGGUGUUGGCAAUAGAAGCCAGCCUCAAUCUGCAGCCAAUGAUGAUUCAGAGAUCCGUCCUGACCUCAAUGGAGACCUGUCUGGAGAUGGGUUGACAGCUUUGGUUGGGCUAAGCCAGGGAGGGAAUACUGGAACAAAUGUACAUACAGAGCUCACACAAAGGGGUUAUGAAAUGGGCUUGCAAAGCAAUAUGUCUGGGACUACUGCUGGAGGUGUAAGCACUAGUGGCAUUGCAAUGCAGAUGCUAGAGACACCAGAACAUAACAUUGGUUUAGAAUGGGAGAAUGCCAACAAUUCUUCUAUAUCAUUGGAUUUGAAAACACCUUUAAGCCAUUUUCCUCCUUUUCGCUUUGGUGUUUGUUUUGAGGAUGUGCAUAGGCUUGGUGAUGGCCAGGUGAAGCAUUCUCCAGAAGUUUUUUAUGCUGGUUCUUUAUGGAAGGUCAGUGUACAAGCUUCCAAUGAUGAUGACCGCCAGAGACCGCGUACCCUUGGGUUGUUUCUUCACCGUCGAAAGGCAGAGAUAUCUGAUAUACAUAGAAAGGUACAUAUGUAUGUUGACUCACGUGAAAAGGUGACCGCACGCUUUCAGUUGACGUGCCCAUCCAAGAGGGAAAUAAUGGUUUUUGGAAGUUUCAAACAAACGGGUACUCUUCUGCCUAAAGCUCCUAAAGGAUGGGGUUGGCAAAGUGCUCUGCUAUUUGAUGAGCUUGCUGAUCUUCUCCAAAAUGGGGUCCUGAGGGUCAUUGCUGUAGUACAGCUUGUUUGAAUUUAACAGGUUAAAUAUCAAGUUCAUCGCAUACCAUAGCUGAAAAAUGCUUUGUGAAAGGAUAAAAUUUCUUUCUUUUUGUCCAGAGAUGAACGUUGGUUAAGGCCUUAAUUGUACAGAAUAAAAAAUUGAGAAUUAUGAAGCUGCAUAUGUUAUUUUAUGGACAGCAUAUGAGUGUACUAUACAAUACAUAGUUACAUACCAUUUUUCUCUGC